GUUGGCCUGCCUGGCGGGGCCGCUUCCCUUCCCAUCCCGGUGCUCCGCGCGGCCCCGGAAGAACGCGCCUGCGCAGUGUCGGCGGCGGCUGUUGACAACAUGGCGGCGGUUGCUGCUGCCUCCUCGGUGUGGGGAGCGGGAGGCGGCCGCGGGAGGAUCCGGAGGAGGCCCUGAGGGAGACGGGACCGGCCUGGCCUGGCCUCCCCCCGCCGCCACCGCCAUGUCCUUCUUCAGGCGGAAAGGGAGAGGCAAAGAGCAUGAGAAGGCAGCCGAAGCGAAGGCACACCAAGCUGCACUCCCCGUACAUUCCCCGCAGGGUGGCACCAGGAGACAUGCCUUGCUGGAGGCGGCUGGACCCAGCCACGUGGCCAUCAACGCCAUCUCGGCCAACAUGGAGUCCUCCAGCAGCCGCACGGCCGCGCUCAAGAAGCAGCCCAGCCAUAUGGAGGCCGCUCACUUCGGAGACCUGGGCCGAUCUUGUCUGGACUACCAGGCCCAAGAGACCAAAUCCAGCCUCUCCAAGACCCUCGAGCAGGUCCUCCGGGACGGCGUUGCCCUCCCGUAUCUGAUCCAGUUCAUGGAGCUGCGUCGGAUGGAGCACCUGGUCCGCUUCUGGCUGGAGGCCGAGAGCUUCCGCUCCACCACCUGGUCCCGCAUCCGAGCACACAGCCUCAACACAGUCAAGCACAGCUCCUUGGCCGAGCCGGUCUCCCCUUCCAAGCAGCCUGAAAACGUUGCGGCCUCUCCCUCCGAGCCGCUGGACAGGCGGCUCGAGGGUCCCGGCCUGGCUCAGCCCCUUCCUGCCAAGCUGUUGGCUGCCGGACUGAACGGCCGGACAUGCAGCCUUCAGAACCACCUGCUGCUGCGUCGGGAGGGCGUUGGAGCCCCCCUCGAGCAUGGGGCCACGGAGGACUGUUCCUUGCCGGCUGGACCUCAAGACUCUUCCAAAGGCACCGUCUCCAAUAGAAACAGCCCCUCCUUUGCACUCAAGGACCUGUCGGGAAAAUUCAUGAGAAGUAUAGAACAGGAUGCCGUUACAAUUUUUACCAAAUAUAUUUCUCCCGAUGCUGCUAAACCAAUACCAGUCACAGAGCUGAUGCGAAACGACAUUGUGGCAAAGAUCUGUGGUGAGGACGGUCAGGUGGACCCCAACUGCUUCGUCAUGGCACAGGCGAUCGUGUUCAAUGCCAUGGAACAAGAGCACUUCAGUGAAUUUCUGCGGAGCCACCACUUCUGCAAAUACCAGAUUGAGGUGCUUACCAGCGGGACGGUCUACCUGGCUGAUAUUCUGUUCUGUGAAUCUGCGCUCUUCUAUUUCUCCGAGUUCAUGGAGAAAGAAGACGCGGUGAACAUCUUGCAGUUCUGGUUGGCAGCAGAUAACUUCCAGUCUCAGUUAGCUGCCAAAAAGGGCCAGUACGACGGGCAGGAGGCCCAGAACGACGCGAUGAUUUUAUAUGACAAGUACUUCUCGCUCCAGGCCACCCACCCUCUUGGUUUCGACGACUCCGUGCGGCUGGAGAUAGAGUCCAAUAUAUGCAGGGAAGGGGGGCCGCUCCCCAACUGCUUCACCACUCCGCUGAGGCAAGCCUGGACCACGAUGGAGAAGGUGUUCCUCCCCGGCUUCCUGUCCAGCAACCUCUAUUACAAAUACUUGAACGAUCUCAUCCAUUCUGUCCGAGGAGACGAGUUUGCCAGCGGAGGCAUCGCACUGACUGUCCACGGCCCUAGCAGCACUCCCGACCACGACUCCCACGUGGGCACAAUGGACAGCGCUUCCUCCUCCUCCUCCACCCAGCCUGGCCUCAAAAAGACCAAUGUAAAAAUCCUGAAAAACUUUGACGAAGCAAUAAUUGUAGAUGCUGCCAGCCUGGACCCAGAGUCCUUGUACCAACGGACAUAUGCUGGCAAGAUGACCUUCGGGCGGGUGAGUGACCUGGGCCAGUUCAUCAGAGAGUCAGAGCCGGAGCCCGAUGUCAAGAAGUCCAAAGGGUCCAUGUUCUCGCAAGCAAUGAAGAAAUGGGUGCAAGGAAACACAGACGAGGCCCAAGAAGAGAUGGCCUGGAGGAUAGCCAAGAUGAUCGUCAACGACGUCAUGCAACAGGCACAGCCAGAGCCAACUUUAGAAAAAGUCACCAAGCUAUGAUCUUCAGAGCUCUCCAGCCAGGGAACAGCUUCGUGGCCUCCGGCCGGUGGGCUUCUGCGCUCUCCUCACCCCAGCCCCUGAUGGCAACUCCUCUUUUGACACAGGCAGUGGAAACCCAGCACCGUCAGCUUCAGCCAGCGGACAUGCCCCCACCCCUUGUUUAGAAGGAAUACCAUGGGGAGAAGGGGAGAAGAUUUUCCCCACAACACACAAUACGAAUUGGCUUCCCACCGGCCUCCACGCCGCAUGCCCCAUGAAGGAACCACGUCGCUGGCAUAGCAGACCCAGCGCUUUCUGCCACGGAGGACUCUUCUGAAGGAGCUUGUACUGGAGUUUUGUGGGGUCUUUAGGUUCUUAGCUCUGUGACUUCCCCUUCUGGAAACCCACCAUCAGAAGGCACAGGACACCGUAACCCGCCGGGGAGCUGUUGGCAGAGAGCAGUCUUAAUGACCCAGGAGCUGUGCUGCUUUUUUCCUUACUUGAAGUGUUCGGAACCGGGCUUGGCUUCCCCUCUUUGCGCCGGGCUUGAAAAGAACAGACGGACGGCUGCCAGCAGCUUGCGAGGAGAGUCCCCUGCCCUUGAGAAGGCCUCGCAUAUUCCCAGCUUCUGAACCCGUCCCCUUCAACUGGUCUCGCCCGGCAGCGGACGCACGCAUGCAGGGGGCUGAACCCCAGCGGGCAGAAACUUUGCAGGCCUUCCCCUCGAACCCAAACAGCCUCUUCGCAGAUUAUCUUGCGUUAAUUGCCAGUUUUCAGGCAUGGGGCCUGCUUCCAUCUACUUCCUUGGCACCGUUUGGGAUUGACGGCGAGUUUCCGGCUACAUGAAGCAGCGCGACCACCACCAUGGCAAAGGGGGCAGGUGGUUUUCCCCAGGUGUCCAAAGUGCUCAAGUGUGGGGUCCACUCCGUUGUGUGUUCUUUGUGUUGUUGUUUUUUUAAAUUUUCCUCUUAAGCCUUUUCUUCUGGCAAGUUUUUCUGUCUGGAGGGUUUUCUGGAAGCGCCUGUUUGCUUUUGUUUUCUGAAGACCCGUGCAAAAAACCAGACCCUCCUCCGAUUCCCCCAUAGGAGAACUCAGCGGCCCGUCUCCAGCCCUCCGAAGGUCCUGAUGCCCAAGCAGACAGCCUACGGUUGCAAUACCCGAUCUCGCACAGCCGUGCACUGUGCCUCGGUCUGCCAGGAGCGAAAAGUGUGUCUAGGUCUUUGGUACUGUGUACCACCACCUUAUUGUCUCAUAUCCCAGUAUUCAUGUCCUGGAACCAUAUUUAAUUGUGUUUUGAUUGAAAAUAUAUAUAUAUAUAAAAAUA